UGAUCUCAUGCACAGUAAUAAAAAAAUAGUCCACGCGGUGCUGUUCCUGCUCUAUUUAUACUUAGAACUAGAACAAGUAAAUCCGAAUUUCUUCCCAGCUGUGAAAUCUGCUAGCUAUUUUCAUAACAAAAUCAGUGAUUUUCUGUGCUUGAAAGGAAUAGAAUGUGGUAUUCUCAGUUAUGGAUAGUACUGUUGCUAUCCAUUAUGUUAUUAUCUUCUUCUAGUUACAUUGCAGCUGGAAGAGUUGAAGAAGAAAAUUACUCAGUAAAAACUUCUGUCUUCUUAUCCCCUCCAAUCUAUCUCAAGCAUGGCUCUGUACAAGAUAAGUACUAUCAUGAUAUUCCCUUCCCAAGAGGCCAUAUAGCUAUAAAGAGCUUUAAUGGAGAGGUAGUUGAUGAGAAUGGAAACUCAAUACCCCUCCAUGAAACUUACCUUCAUCAUUGGGUGGUAGCAAGAUACUAUAUUCAGAAAGAAGCCAAAGAUGGCGAUUCAGAAAAGUUCAUCUAUGCAAGAAAUUCUGGUGCUUGCAGAAAUCUUGGGCAGUAUUUUGGCCUUGGAUCAGAAACCAGGAAGACCAGUACUUGGGUACCUGAUCCUUAUGGUAUAGUAAUUGGGAAUCCUAUGGAAAUUCCAGAAGGAUAUGAGGAGAAAUGGCUUCUGAAUGUUCAUGCAAUUGAUACAAGGAAUGUGGAGGAUAGAUUGGGAUGCACAGAAUGCAAAUGUAGCCUUUAUAAUGUUACUUCAGAUCAGUAUGGAAGACCUCUGGCCAAUGGUUAUGUGGGAGGUCUCCAUUGUUGCUAUGACGAAACUCAGUGCCGAGUCAAAGAAGGAUUCAUUAAUGGCGGUGUAAGGAAGCUCUAUUUGAAGUACACUGUGAAGUGGGUUGAGUGGAAUCCAAGAAUUUUGCCAGUUAAGAUCUUUAUACUUGAUGUGACUGAUACUGGAGAUUAUCCACCAGGCUCAAGUGCUAUGAAUGCUCCUUUUAGCUGCAAGGUGGAGUACAGUGUACCUUCAUGUGAUUCAUCUAGUGAAGCUAAUAGAGAAUGUGUUGAUGUUAGGAGAACUAAGGUUGUUCUUCCUCAUGGUGGUGAUAUAAUUUAUGGUGUUGCUCACCAGCAUACUGGUGGUGUUGGUUCAGCUUUAUAUGGAGAGGAUGGUCAGUUGCUAUGCUCUUCUUAUCCAUUCUAUGGCAAGGGAGAAGAAGCAGGAGAUGAGGCUGGCUACAUUGUAGGGAUGUCAACUUGCUAUCCAAAGCCUGGCUCUUUGAAUAUCAGAGAUGGAGAGCUUCUAACACUGAUUUCCAAUUACAGCAGCUUAAGAAUCCACACUGGAGUAAUGGGCCUCUUCUACCUUUUACUGGUUGAGCCCCAACCAAAGCUGAAUACUUUGUUCUCCCUGCAGCAAGUGACAGUACCAUAUCUUGUAGAGAACUGGUGGGUGAUUUUGCUUGCAGGAGGAAUAAUGGCUGUUGUUGCUGCUGCAAUCUAUAGGAGGAAUGAGACAGAUAGCUAUCAGAUGGUUGUCAGUUAAUUAGAGUCAAUUAAAGUGUUAUUUCUCUAUGUUUUAUGAAUCAUAUAGUAUUGAUGGUGAUGCUUUCUAUGAUUUGUGCCAUAAAUAAAUGCAUGAGAUGCCAUCUUUCUGAUAGUUAUUUAUUCUCAUGCUCACAUUUGAAUGCUGUAAAUUUGAAUGAAUGUAAAUUAAAACUAUAAUUCCUCUAAAAAAUUAAUUCUCGGCUA